AUGUGUCACAAACUGACAAAGAGUUUGAUGAAUAAUUUAAGUUCUGCAGUGUCAGCGCUGACGGUGCAGCUGAAUGAUGCAGUUAACAAGCAGGACCAGAAACAGAGUCAAACAGAAAGAUCACUGGACAGUCUGAAGACAUCAGUAGAGUCUGAUCAACAAAACAAACAACGUGACUUCGAGUCUCUGUCGAGCUCACUGAGGGACCUGAAGAGUUCAGUUUCAGAUCUCUCUUCUUCUGUCUCAACUGUUUCUUCUCAACUAUCAUCAGUCCACAUGCAACAGCAGGAUGUGAAAAGCUUGAUGAAUAGUUUGAAUGUUACAGUAUCAGCACUGACAUCUACACUAAAUAAUGCAGUUAAAAAGCAGGAACAGAAACAGAGGGAAACAGAAAGAUCCCUGGACAGUUUGAAGUCUUCUGUACAAUCUGAUCAACAAAACAAACAGCGUGGCUUGGAGUCUCUGAAGAGCUCAUUGAGGGACCUGAAGAGUUCAUUGUCAGAUCUCACUUCUUCUUUCGCAUCGAUUUCCUCAAAACAACAAACCUCUGAGGAAAGAGUCAUGAACGCUCUGAAGGAGCUGAUGAAUAAAAUAAGUGCCAAAACAGCAGACGUCUCUGUGGCCGUCUGUAAAUCUGGCUGGAUCUUGUACAAAAGCAGCUGUUUCUUGUUCUCUAGUAAUCAACUCACCUGGUCAGAGGCACGAGAUUACUGCAAAGCUCAGAAUGCAUUACUCCUGAAAAUACAAGACGACGAUGAGGAGUGGGACUUUCUGAAAAAACAUACCAUACCCACAAGCUACUGGGUGGGUUUAACUGAUCAGACCACAGGACGGUGGCGAUGGGCGGAUGGAACUCGUUACAUCAUGAAUGAAGAGCACUGGAGUCCUGGGCAGCCGGAUGACUGGAGAGACCAUGGUAUGGGAGAGGGAGGAGAGGACUGUGGGGAGAUAACAUACACUGGGAAACUAAAUGACAACCACUGCUCUGUCAAAAUGAGAUUUAUUUGCAGAGUGCAAAUCUGAAAUUCAAAAUGUCUGUGAUGAAGAGUGGUCAAAAUGACCAGGAAGAUCAGAUCUCUUUUAAAGUGGUUUGUUGCAUCACACGGUGUAGGACUGUUCGAAACCUCUCUUGCUUUUUCUUGUGUUAACUUCAACUUUUUAAUAGAAAUAAAAAU